AUGUCUUCUUGGAUCGGCGAUGUUUGCGCGCAUGCUCACCACCUGAAAUGUGUUGAAAUCACACUUCCCGAUAUCUUCACCAUCGUUGUCCUCACAUCUGGACUCCCACCAGAAUAUGAGCCUGUUGUUGUUGCGCUCGAUGCAGUUGACUCAGCCAAACUUACUCUCGACGUUGCAAUUGCUCGGCUCCUCAAUGAAGAAGAGCGCCAUAUUAGCCAACAGCUGAUGGCCGAAUACAGAUCCUCCGCUACAGCUCCUGAGGGCAUGGAGAGCGCUGCUUAUGCUGCUCGUACGCCAAAUGUUACAUGCUUCGACUGUGGAAAUAAAGGUCACUAUGUUAAGGAUUGCAAAAAGAGGACUUUGGAGAAUGUGGGAGCAAAGGUGGCAGUUACCAAUGGUCCAGAUUUGUCAGAUGAGCUCGAAGAUGUCUGUAGGCAUAUGCACGGGUAUGGGUAA